AUGUCUACACCCGUUACAGAAAAGGAGCAGUUCUCCUUUCCUGCCUUUCAGCCCAAUCAGCCAUCCACAUUACCACAGACACAACCGCAGAUACAGACACAGCAUCCCUCAAUUGUUGGAGAAACAGAUAGGCGGUCCUCAGACGAAGAUGGCACACUCCAUGGCGAGCGAACUGAUGACUAUCCCGAUCACAACCACCUCCGUGUUACGACGAGUUACCUCAAGGGAGACGAUCAUCUAGGUAUAGGUGCACGAGAUAACUCACCAAUGUCGCCAUCUGCACAACGAGAGCAAUCCCGUCGACUCAAUGAUGAUCUUGAAAUGCUGCGGGCCGAGCGGGUGGUGUCGAAUGCAGAGAAAUCUAUGCAAGACGAGAUGUCCAAGAAUAUGUCUAGAAACCGAUCGAGGUCGCGGACCAAUGCCGAACCACAAGAUGAUUUUGAUGUUGGUACUACGCCUAUACAUGAGCAGACCAAAGUGUAUAGACCACCGGCACACCCAACCACCAAUUUUGCCAAAGUUUUCAAGAAAAUUCAUCAGUCGAGCUUUUUGAUCCGAUACUUUUUCUACAUCACACCUCUGACCCUGGUGCUUUUGGUUCCGGUUUUGGUUGGACGCUUGGUAUUUCGAGACGCAAAUGUCGGUGGAGUUAGGCUGUUCUGGUUUGGUAUUUGGCUGGAAGUUGUAUGGUUGACGCUUUGGGCAGCGAGAAUUAUUGCGAAAUGCAUUCCCUAUCCUCUAGGACUCAUUGCUAGCGUAUUCACAAACAACGCAAAGAAAUGGAGGGAUAUGGGUAAACAACUUGAGGUUGCUGCGACUCUCUUCUUUUGGUGGCUGGCUAUCGAAAUUUCUUUCCUUCCUACAAUGAAAAACCACCAUGUCAAUGGAGAUAAGACCACCAAAAAUUGGGAAACUAUCGUUAACAAGGUGAUCAUUGCUGGCCUUGUAGCAGCUUCGUUGAACUUUUUCGAAAAGAUCAUCAUUCAACUCAUUGCUAUCAGUUUCCAUCUUCGAACAUAUGCCGACAGAAUCGAAAUUAACAAGUUUCAAAUAUCGAGCUUAGUAAAGCUCUAUGUAUAUUCCAAGGAGAAGAUUGCAAUGGAGGAUUCUGAAUUCGAGGUUGGUGGAGCAACAAAUUCUACGGCUGGUGCUCGAACUCCAAUGCAAUAUGCCAUCAAAGCACAGAAGAAUGCACGUCAAGCAUUCAACAAGGUUGGUGACGUUGCAGGAAAGGUUGCUGGGGAUUUUACUGGCAAGCAAGUCGCGACUAGUACUCAUCCACAUCAAGUCAUUCUUCAAUUACUCAGUUCCACAGGAGGCGCUCAAGUACUUGCUCGACGUUUGUAUCGAACUUUUGUUCAAGGCGAAGAAGCAGAAACCGUUCUCUCCGACGACUUGAAACCAGCAUUUGAUAAUGAUGAUGAGGCUAAUGCAGCAUUCACCAUGUUUGAUAAAGAUCUGAAUGGCGAUAUAUCAAUGGAAGAGUUAGAGGCUGUGUGUGUAGAGAUUGGACGAGAGCGAAAAGCUAUUACUGCUUCUCUGAAGGAUCUCGACUCGGUUGUUUCAAAACUCGACGAUAUUUUCAUGUUUAUUGUGGCCAUCAUCACUAUUCUUGUUUUCGUCUCGAUCAUUUCCACUUCGGCUUCCGGGGUGUUGACAUCACUCGGAUCUUCGGUACUCGCACUCUCCUGGUUGUUCUCCGCCACUGCACAGGAAUUCCUUCAGUCUUGUAUCUUCGUCUUCGUCAAGCAUCCGUUCGAUGUCGGAGAUCGAGUUACCAUUUAUGGUAAUACCGGAGCACAAAUGAAGGGAGAUGAUUAUUUCGUUAAGGAAAUUGCACUUCUGUACACAGAAUUCAAAAAGAUGGAAGGACACGUGGUUCAAGCUCCAAACAGUUACCUUAACACUCUGUUUAUUCUCAAUCAACGUCGAUCUGGAGGUUUGGCUGAAGCUGUACCGGUCACUAUCAAAUUUGGAACUACACUUGAGCAAAUCGACUCUCUCCGCGAACGUCUUCUCGAGUUUGUCGGCUCUGAGAAUCGUGAAUACCAAAAGAAUAUUCUCACCGAGUUGAGAGAGGUAUACGAAGCUUACUCGGUUACGUUGAAUGUCGUUUUCUUCUACAAGUCUAAUUGGCAAAAUGAGCUUCUUCGUCUACAACGACGAAACAAGUUCAUCUGCGCCUUGAUGGUCACCAUGCAAGAGCUCAACAUUGAAGGACCACGCAUGAAGCUGGCUGGUGCCGCUCCAGAAUGGCCUAUGCAUCUUCAAGGUGCUUUCCCAACUGCUGGAGGCUCUGUCAAUUCUCAACAGCCUGGGCCGGAUCAAGGUCAAGAGAUGGGCGUCGAUCCACCAUUCGUUCCCCAAGCUGACUCCGCAACUGGGUCUUUCAAACAACAUCCGUCCAUUCUACGCAAUAGAAACGGCUCAGUUUCAGUUGGCGGAAGAGGUCGUGGAGAAUCUCUGGGUCAAUUGAGUAAGCGUGUUGAUUUCUCACUUGGUAUGUCGGCAAUUUCUUCCGGUGCUGAUUUCGGCGACGUCUACGACGACCCAACACCACGAAUGCCAAUCAUCACCACCACCUCUCCCUCCCCAGGACCAGGUCGCAAUGGAUCUCGAGACGGCAGACCCAGCGACGACGGCGGCUCCCUCGGCAAAACCUCAAGUCGCGACAGCUUCGGCCGCGUAACCAGCGCCAACUCCCAGCGCACGCACCGAAACCGCUUCUUCGGUCGCAACAAGAGCAAGCUCAAUCAAGAAGAAGGCACCGAUCUCGACGAGCUUGAAGCCGGCACUCGAGACUUCGGCACGAUGCCUGGCAUUCCCGAGAUCUCGGGCCCGAGCACGGGCACGAACACGAUGAAUUUUGAUCCGGAGAAGGAUUCUUAUGGGCGUCCGAGAGCGGGCACCGCGAGUAGUUCGAGGAUUGAUCCUAGAUCCGGAAUCGUGAGUCCGCAGGCUGUGUCGAGGGAUAGUGCGCUGGAGAGGGGGGAGCUGCCUAUGGCUUUUAAACCGAGGAGGGCGGCGACGGAUAGUAUCGCCGGGGCGAAACAUCGGUAG